ACGCGCGCGCCCGUAGCCAUGUCGCCAUUUUGAUUCGAAAAAUAUGACUGAGUUUUUCCUGCUUUGCGUGCUAAACUUAGCCCCGCGUUUGAAUUACUUUGUGUGCGAGUACGUAUCAUACACUUUUAAUUUGAAAUAACUCGGAUUGUUAUUAACACCACGUAGUCAUUCAUGCGGGGGAACAGUUUAUUUUGUAGUCUUCUUAGCCACAUUUGACUAUCGUUAGCUAAGUUGAGCUAGCUAACGGCGGUCUGUGCUGUCGCAGACUGACCCCUUCUUCAAAACAAAUCACUAUUCGCUCACAGGCUAACGUAUGUUAGCUCAUACGGCUAGCUAACAGUAGCUGGACAGCUAGUGAUUUAGUAGCUGGCUGCUUAACGAAAAACAGCAACAACUCGGAUCACACGGAAUUACUCGCAACGGACAUUCAACCAAAGGGUAUGGUGAGCCUCUCAGCGACCCGUCUCCUAAAGAGGCCCGCGUUUUAAAAGGAGACCCAUGCUGAUAAAUGCCAGGCCUCGCCACACUCUCUGUCGUCUGCACAAACACAAAUGCCUGCCUGCCCGUGGGGGAGGUCUGAUUAAAGAUAUCCACAUUUCAUCCACUGGGCUGUGUCCCCCCUCCCAGCGGCCACCAUGUUUUGGAAGUUUGACCUGCACACCACCUCCCACAUUGACCAGCUGCUGGACAGGGAGGACGUGACGCUGAGAGAGCUGAUGGAGGAGGAUGACGUCCUGCAGGAGUGCAAGGCCCAAAACCGUCGGCUGCUCCUCUUCCUUUCCCAGGACCACUGCAUGCAGGAGCUGGUCAGCCUCAUCACCACAGAGCCACCUGCUGAUCUGGAGGAGCGAAGCCGCUUUAAGUUUCCCAAUGUUGCUUGUGAGCUUCUGACCUCAGAUGUUUCCAUUAUAAACGAUAAGCUGGGUGGAGACGAGUCUCUCCUCGAGAUGCUCUACCACUUCCUGGAACAGGACCCACCUCUCAAUCCUCUACUAGCCAGCUUCUUCAGCAAAACCAUCGGCAAUCUCAUUGCCAGGAAAACCGAACAGGUUAUUACCUUUUUAAAGAAAAAAGAAGGCUUUAUUGGUCUGGUGCUGAAACACAUUGACGCCUCUGCCAUGAUGGACCUGCUGCUUCGCCUCAUCAGUUGUGUGGAGCCUGCCCCUUUGAGACAGGAUGUUCUGCAUUGGUUAAACGAGGAAACGUUGGUUCAGAGACUCACAGAGCUCAUCCAUGCUGGCAAAGAUGAGGAGAGACAAUCAAAUGCGUCCCAAACGCUGUGUGACAUCAUCCGCCUUAGCCGAGAUCAGGCCAGUCAGAUGCAGGAGAACGUAGAAGCCGACCCACUAUUGGCUGUGCUAGAAUCGCAGGAGAGCGUGGCGGGGCUUCUCAAGAACAUGUUUGAGGGGGAGAGGAGCGAGGCCUCCAUCGUUAAUGGAACUCAAGUGCUACUUACCUUACUGGAGACCAGGAGGUCUGGGUUGGAAGGGCUGAUGGAUCUGUAUUCUCAGGGUUAUGAAAGGUCUUACACUGUCAACAGCAGUAUUUUAAAUGCCAUUGAGCCCCAUUUAAAGGACUUCCAGCAGCUUCUUCAGGAUCCCCCCAAGAAAAGUGCAAUAUUGACGACCUUUGGCCUUCUAGAUCAGCCACUGGGGAAUGCUCGCCUUCAUGUGGCCCGGCUGGUGGCUGCCCUGCUCCAGACCAAUGCACCCAAUAUCUGCCAGGAGCUCUGUAACCUGGCCACCAUGGACCUGCUACUGGAUCUGUUCUUCAAAUACUCCUGGAAUAACUUUUUGCACUUCCAAGUGGAGCUGUGUGUGGCCUCUAUCCUGAACCAUCCUUCCUCGGAGGAGCGGCCAGGCCUAGGCCUGCAGAACCACGAAGAGAGUGCCACAGCGUCCAGCCCUCAGGCGCAAGAGGAGGAUGCGACAACAGAAGGGCCGAGCGACCCACAGACCUCCAUCCACGGUGCGCUCGUGGCACAUCUCUUCCAGAAGUGUCGACUGCUUCAAAGGAUCCUUGAUGCCUGGGAGGAGAACGAUAGAAUACAGGCUGAUGGUGGUACCAGGAGAGGCAACAUGGGUCACCUGACUAGAAUAGCCAACAUGGUGGUCCAGAACCUGGAGAAAGGACCAGUACAGACCCAGAUCUCUGACCUCAUCAGAGAGCUGCCAGAAGACUGCAGAGGUCGCUGGGAGAGCUUUGUGGACGAGACCCUGAGAGAAACUAACAGGAGGAAUACCGUAGAACUGGUAAGCACUCACAAUAUGCACUCGUCCAGUGAGGACGAUGACAUGGAGAGCCCCUUCCCCAACGACCUGUCGCUCCAACAGGCUUUCUCAGACUAUCAGAUCCAACAGAUGACUGCCAGCUUCGUGGAUCAGUUUGGCUUCAAUGACGAGGAGUUUAGCGAACAUGAUGAAAAUAUCAACGCUACGUUUGACAGAAUCGCCGAAAUAAACUUCAAUCUAGAUGCUGAUGAUAACAGUGCCAACGCAGCUGCAUUUGAAGCCUGCUGCAAAGAGAGGAUACGCCAGUUUGAUGAUGCUGAGGAGGAGGAGGACAUCUGGGACGAUAAGGAGAUCAACUAUGCAACACAAGCUAAAUCCAGAACAAGGUCAAGCUGA